AAAAUGCCCGCGGGAUCUGCAUGGUGCCACCCUGCUUUGCUCCUGCUCCUCUCCUCCAUCCCCCUGGGGGCCGCGGAGAUUUCCUGCAGGAAUGAAGACGGGAAGACAGUUGAUUGGUUUGCUCUUUACAAGUUGCCAAAACAUGCCAAAGGAGAGAUUCCCAUGCUGGGCCUGGAAUACAUGUAUAUGGAUGUCCUGGCUCCGCAGUGGCAGCUUGGUAAAUACCUCAUCAACAUGACACAGGGUGCUCUGGGGCAAACACUGGAGCAGCUAUACGACACAUACGAAUCCAAGAGGAACACUACUGCGUACGUGAUAUACAACGAUGAGAUCCCUGAAUCAGACUCCAAAGGGCAGAAAAAAGGACACACCAAAGGAUUUCUACUCUUGGACAAAUCACAAGGCUUCUGGGUGAUUCACAGUGUGCCCCUGUUCCCUCCCAUCCCUGAGGACGGUUAUGGGUAUCCAGCCACUGGGGAAUCCUAUGGACAGACAGCCUUGUGUAUAACCUUCAAAUAUGACCAGUUCACAGAAAUAGACCAACAGAUGCUGAGUUAUAAUCCAGGAAUCUACAGCUGUUCCAUCCCUGACAUCUUCCAAACAGAUCUCCCAAAUCUGCAGAAGCUCUGUGCAAAGUCCAGGCUGCCUUUGGCCCCCUUGCGCCACCUCUCCAAGCUCCAGUCAGCUCACGGGGAAACCUUUCUCCACUUUGCAAAGUCACACAUGUUCAUAGAUGAUAUCUAUGUGGCCUGGAUGGCUCAGGAACUGAAGACUGAUUUGUUGGCUGAAUCCUGGCAGCGUUCUGGCCAAAAGCUUUUCUCAAAUUGCUCUCUCGACUAUCACGUCUACAACAUAAACCUAAUAGAGAUGCCAUUGAAUUCCACCUUUCAUUCCAUUAAUGAUCAUUCCAAAUGGGCUGUUUCAAGUAAAUCUAAAGAUCAGUGGACCUGCAUUGGGGACUUAAACCGUGCUGCUGAGCAAGCUUGGAGAAGUGGUGGGUUCAUCUGUACCCAGAACGAACACAUCUACAAAGCCUUCAGGCAUUUGAUAAUCCACUACGAAAGCUGCAGUGAUGCUUCCACAGUGAUGUAA